AAUUUAGAAACAACUAGAUAUACAAAGCAGUACUUCGAUAAGAGAUGAAGAGAGGAGAAACAGUAUAUAACUUAGUGGAAAUAUAUGAAGAAAUUAUGAAUUUAGACAAAUUAACACACAUGAAUUUAUAUAUAAUAUUUGCAUCAAAUUUAUUAAUUAUAGUGAAGGUGCCAUGAAGUAAAAUUAAAGGAUGAUGAUGGGUGAUCAGUUUCGUAGCAAAGUGGAACAAUACUCACCAAAAUCAUCACCCAGGGGUGCACGUUCUCCUGUUGUUUCACGUCAAGAUUCAACAGGAACUCUUAAAACAACCAUUUCCCUGGGCAAAAAUCCUUCCAUUGUCCAUAGUGGACCAUUUUACUUGAUGAAGGAACCCCCAGGAGAAAGUGAACUCACAGGGGCAACAAACUUGAUGAACUUUUAUGGGCUACAACAUUCUUAUAGCAAAUUUAGUGGAAAAAAAUUAAAAGAACAACUUUCAUCAUUUUUACCAAAUCUACCUGGAAUUAUAGACAGACCAGGUCAUUUAGAUAAUAGUUCACUAAGAUCUGUGAUUGAAAAACCACCAAUAGGAGGAAAAGAUUUAAUACCAUUAACCAGUGUUCAAUUAGCUGGUUUUCGUCUGCAUCCUGGACCUCUACCAGAACAAUAUCGUUAUGUUAAUCAAGCUCCACAAAGAAAACACAAAAAUAAACAUAAAAAACAUAAACACAAACCAGGAGAAGUGCCUAGUGGUCAAGAAGCAACAACAACAGAUAUUGGUGGUUCAGAUACACAUGAGAAAAAGCAUAAAACAAAAAGACAUGAUGAAGAAAAAGAAGCUAGGAAGAAACGUAAAAAAGAAAAGAAAAGAAAAAAACAAAAACAUAGUCCCGAACAUAGUGGUGGUUUAACACCAUCUCAGCAUUCCAAUUCGUGAUCUUCAAUUUCAUCUUUUCUAUUUAUAUCUAACUUUUGACUUAACAUUAAAAUUUCUGUAGGGGUAAAUAAAUUUAUUUUUUUGUUAAGAAUACAUACAUGUACAAAUGAUUAUUGUGGAAUAGAACUUAAACUAAUUUUGAUCAAAUUUAAAAUUAUACUAUGUUAUUUACUUAU